AUGUCUGGUGAUUCAAUAGGAAAGAUCUCUGAAAUUGCUCCAAGAUCAUGUGAAGAGUCCUGUGGUCUUCUUCAGAAAAAUGUGGAUGGGGCAUCAUCUAUGUCAACACCUGAGGAUGCAGAGAAGGGUGACAGUUGGCAACAGUUUACACUGUUCCCAUCCAAAUCAUCUGAGAUGAGCUAUGGUUCCUAUGAAUUCUUUGGUCUUGGAGCCACAAAUGUUGGAUGUGAUGGAAGUUCCUGUGAUGGCACCCAAGCUGCUGCUCUGAUCGAUGAUGUGCUGUUAGACUCUCAUUUGCCUUAUCUAGGUUCCUCUAGGAGGUCCAGGUCACCAUUUUCAGACAGUGAGAGCAGUCAGUACACCACCUUCAGCGAUAUCUCGGGUUCAUCCACUUUAUUUGACACACCGUGCAUAAAGCCUAGACCUGUUGGCUGGCGUGGGAGAGGAGGAGAUACUGCUGCAAUAUGUAGAUUGAAAAGCAGAGGGAUUUUCAGGUCGAGAGAUGCUGUUAACCUCCAGAGCUUUCAUUCAAACAUGGUGAUGCCAACACCUCGUGGCACAAAGCGGAUGCUGAUGGCUCCAGGCCCUCCAAGCAAGUUUGCAAAGAGGCAGAAGGUUGAAAUGAGCAUCAGGGCAGGAAUGAAUUCUGCAAAGGAAGGUCAUAUUUCCUCUGAUGGAAAGGACAUGAAGGGAAAAGCUGUGGAGGAGAAGCGUGUUCGAGUCAGAGAGAAGCGAAGACGUAGACGAGAAAAGAACUGUGAGAAAUAUGGAGACAAGCACAGAUUAGCUUUCACAUGUGCCUUUUGUAAAUUUCGCACAUUUGAUGACCAAGAUAUUGAGAAGCACUUUGGAAGCACACAUCACCAUGAAACACUUGACUAUAUUCGACGACAGGCCAAGUUUGAUGACCGGGUCAUUAGCUUCCUCCAUGACUGUAUGGUGCACAAGUUUCGUAAGACAGUCUCUGCUUUGUGCAAGUUGCGCAGCGUUUCAGACCAAAAGGCAAACCAGAAAGUCAUGGAAGGGGUGACUGAGGAUGACUACAUGAGGAAGAUAGAGGUGGUGCACUGUAUGGCCUGCAACAUUUACAUUCCUGCUGUCUCCACUUCUGUCCAGCAGCAUCGCCAUUCCCCUCUACACCUAAAAUCCAAAGUGGUGUACAAAGAGCAGCUGAAACGGGAGAGUGUGCUGACGGCAAAAGCCAUAAUAAAUAAUGACAGUGUUAAAAGUCGCUAUGAGAAAUACAUUAAGGGAGAAGACCCUUUUGUAAUGGAUGCUAAAGAAGACACUAGCUCAGAUUUUUCUGAAAUGGAGGACGAUAAGAUGGAAAAUGAUGAUUAAAAAUGAACUUGCUCUUAUGCUUGAUGUGUGUUCACUCAAUCCAUGUGAUGUCAUCCAAAAUUAGAACCUCUAAAGGUGUGAGAUUGUGUUCUCCUUUAAGUUGAGUUUGUAGUAAAUUGUGCAUUUGGUGAUGGUACAUCUUCCUAGAAGUGUUAAUUAUUUUCUGUUCAACUUUAAUGGCAGAAUUACAGGUGUUGAUGAGUAUAUAAAAUUGAGAUAGAGAUGGUUAUGGUGUUUAGUAUUUGUAUUGGAGAAUUAUGCAUGUCUGUGGGGAAAUACAUGUAUGCAGUUAAA